AGAAAAUCGAAGCCCGCCUCCUGGUAAAACUCCUUGCUGGAUUCCUGCGCUAUAAUCAACACCAAUCCAUAAGGGCCUGCAAUUGAUCGGAGGUUCUAAAAUGGGGCGGCUUGAGGGGAAGGUAAUAGUACUUUCUGCUGCAGCCCAAGGAAUUGGCCAAGCGGUGGCUAAAGCUUUUGCAAAAGAAGGAGCUCGAGUUAUUGCUACAGAUAUCAAUGAGUCCAAACUUCGAGAACUGGAAAGUUAUCCAGGUAUUCCUUGAAUUAUUUAACUCCAGAGUUUAGCAAAGUGUAUUAUAAAAUUAUUCAGUGAUUCAGUGGAAGAUAUAAACGUUUGUUUCUUCUGCUGCAGUUUUGUUCACCAUGGUACUAUUUUGGACUGUGAGGAAGAAGACUGGGCCUACACAAUGGAAGUCAAUGUUCGUAGCAUGUAUCUCAUGAUCAAAACAUUCCUGCCUAAGAUGCUUGAACAGAAAUCCGGUAACAUUAUCAACAUGUCUUCUGUGGCAUCCAGUAUCAAAGGUAUUCCCAAUAGAUGUGUCUAUAGUACUUCAAAAGCAGCAGUUAUUGGCCUCACCAAGUCUGUAGCUACUGACUUCAUUGAAAAAGGAAUCAGAUGCAACUGUGUUUGUCCUGGCACUGUUGACACUCCUUCUCUGAGGGAAAGAAUCCAAGCAAGACCUGAUCCAGAACAGGCACUAAAAGAUUUUCUCGCCAGGCAGAAGAUGGGCAGAUUGGCUACCGCUGAGGAAAUUGCCCACCUCUUUGUGUAUCUGGCUUCUGAUGAAUCAGCAUACAUGACUGGCAAUGAAUGCAUCAUUGAUGGUGGAUGGAGCAUGUGACCAGCUUCUGCAGAUAUACCACCUGCCAAUUAGUGUCCUCAGUAUCCCAGAAGAUAAAAAGGACAAGCUACAUGCACAUGUAACAAUCAUAUCAAAUUAAUUACCAUAAUAAAAAAUCACUUUGAUAAGUAUUUGAUAGAGACUAAUACAUCAAUUUC